AUGCCGCACAUUCUCCAGAUCCUGCCUCUCACCACAGGGUUCCUGUUCUUCUCUCUCGUCGGCUUGGCAGGCCAAGGGAUCUGGUCUAAGCGUCUAUUCAAGCUGACCUCCGGCUCCGUGCUCAUAGGCCCUGUUCAAUCGGUGGAGCAGGCUUCCUGCUCCAUCUACGUCCUGGAUCCCGCCCGGGAUCUGGGGAUGCCCGCCUGCAAUUACGCGGACCCCGCUGUCUGGCCCCACGCCCUCAAGGUGACUGGCCUCCUGGGUGGUACCGAGCCCCUCCAACACUGGGAGUACCAGCAAGCGGUCCAGUUCUGGCUGGAGCAGGCUAUCAUCGACAAUGGGGCGCGCGCGGACAGGCUGGCCAGUGCAGAUCUGAUAUACGUCAACAUGCAUUGCUACGAGACCUGGAGGGCGGGGAAGUGGUGGCAGGUCUUCAGGGAGAAAGUUCUGGACGGUGCCGAUCCGGAGCUCUACAUGCAGCAGACGAUGAACCACCUCAGUGCCUCCCCCUUCAUCAUCACCUCCGAGCACACCAUGUUCUGCGAGCAGUCGCUCGAUGCGCAUGCCCGACAGGGACUGAUCCUGCCAUACGUGACAGACACCCACCAGGAGGGGUUUGAUCCCCUCGCCACCACCCGCGACACACUGCUCUUCUACCGCGGCGGGUGUGCCCCGCCCCCCAACGACCCGGCGGCCCUCCACUUUGCAUCCGGGAAGCUGCUGCGUCGUGCCCUGGUGGAUACGAUCCAGGCGUCCCCCGCCCCCGACCUGGACGUGCAGUGCGCCUGUGACCUCUGUCCCGGGGCCCUGCCGCACGCGGAGGUGCUGGCGCGCAUGCGCGACUCCCGCUUCUGCCUGGUGCUGGCCGGUGACAAGCCCUCCAGCCGGCGCGGCAGCGAGGCAGCCCUCUCCGGCUGCGUCCCCGUGCUCGUUGGCCCGCCCUGGCACACAGUGGCCCUGGCCGACGACAUCGACCACGGCGCCUCCAGCGUCUUCGUUUCCGUUCGUCGUGCGGACUGGGUGGUGGCCAAUGCCUCGCUGGGCGUCCCGGACAACCACCCCGAUGUGCUGAAUUCCUGGUACCUGGACGCUCACCUGGUGCCGAGCAGCGUGAUCCAGGUGGACAGCCUGGCCGAGGUUCUGGGGGUGCUGCGUGGCAUGCCGCCCGAGGUGCUGGCCGCCAAGCAGGCCGCGCUGGCGCGGCAGGCCUACCGGCAGUACUGGCUGCCGCCCCCGGGGGAGACCAGGUCGCAGCUGGGGGAGAUCGUGGUGAAGAGGCUGUGCGACCAUGCCCAGAUGCUCAAGGACCGUGACAUCAUUCCCCCGCACCCCAUCCCGCACCGGAGGAGGACCCUGCUCGCCGACUGA